AUGGCAAAGAAAAACGUCCCAGAUAUCAGGUUGUUUGAUAGCAGUGAAGAAUUAUCUUCAGGACUAGCUGAUUAUAUCAAUGAAAUUUCAGAGUCUUGUAUAAACGAGAAAGGCUCUUUUUCCCUUGUUCUUUCUGGAGGCGAUUUACCAAAACGCUUGGAGAAGCUAACAAAUUCACCGUACUUGAAAACGGUGGAGUGGAGGAAAUGGUAUGUAUUUUGGGCUGAAGAGAAUGUGGUUCCCAAAAGACACCCAGACAGCAUCUAUUGGCAAACUAAAGAAUAUUUCCUCUCUAAGGUUCCUAUAUUGCCGGAUCACAUUCUUCCAGUGAGCCACGGCGUACCGGGAGAAUCGGCAGCCAAUUGCUACGAGUCCUCCAUCAGGCAACUUGUUAAAAACCGGACGGUCCCGGCUCUUCCAUUAAGUGACUGUCCUAGAUUUGACCUCAUCCUCUUGAAUCUCGGGGUCAAUGGCUACGUGGCUUCAUACGUUGUGCCUGAAGACGAAGAGGAGUCCAAGUGGGUUUCAUGCGUCUCCAUUGACGGCUAUAAAGAAAGAGUAACAACGACGCUUCCCGUUAUUAAUGCUGCGGCCCAUGUGGCUAUAGUGGCCUCUGGGAAUGAAGUGGCACCUUCCUUUUUGGAUGCCAUGAUGGGCCAAAAGCCCAAAGGGAAUAAUCCAGUCCAGAUGGUUUGGCCCAAAGAUGGAAAACUGGUUUGGUUGGUUGAUAAAAUUGCUGCUUCCUUGUUUUUGAAGGGUACAGGAUGUGCUUCCACAUCAUCAGAUUAUUAAACUAAUUGGGUUGUAAUAGCAAUUUAAUUAGCCAAAUUAU